AACAGCACCCAGCAGCUAGUACGUAACAAAAUUUCGAUUUGGGUUUGGGUUGCUGCCAGGAGGAAGAAGACGAGUCCCCAUCGCAGAUCAACAACCGCCGCGAAUCUCCCGGCGGGCCCGCUCCGGACCGGCGCCCACCAGCCGCCGGCGAGCUGACCGAGCGAACCAAAAGCGAAACCGCCUCUACUCCGUGUUCGUUUAUAAACCGGCACCAUCGGACGAGGGACGACACCAGCCAGUCACGCACGGAGCGGACAAGAGAGGAAACCAACACAGCACAUUGGCGCCCGCCACGCAUCGUCGCUAAGACGGAUCCAUCAUCCAUGGACGCCCUCACGCUCACCUCCCUCCUCAAGGCCGCCGCCGCCGCCUUCCCCGACCGCCGCGCCAUCGCCGUCCACGCCAAGAUCGACCUCACGCACGCCGCGCUCGACGCCCUCGUCGACGCCGCCGCCGCGCGCCUCGCCGCCGGCCCCGACGGCCUCCGCCCCGGCCAGACCGUCGCGCUCUGCUUCCCCAACACCGUCGAGCUGGUGGUGGUGUUCCUGGCGGUGAUCCGCGCGCGGGGCGUGGCGGCGCCGCUCAACCCGGCCUACACGCAGGACGAGUUCGAGUUCUACCUCUCCGACUCGGGCGCGCGCCUGCUCGUCACCGGCGCCGACGGCAACGCGCCCGCGCAGGCCGCCGCCGCCAAGCUCGGCCUCCCCCACGCCGUCGCCGCCACGCUCACCGACGCCGCCGGCCCGCUCGGACUCACCGGCCUCGUCGAAGGCAACCCCGCGCCGCAGAACAACGGCACCCUCCAACAUAAAGAGGAGAACGAGCCGUCGGACGUGGCCCUGUUCCUGCACACCUCCGGCACGACGAGCCGGCCCAAGGGGGUGCCGCUCACGCAGCGCAACCUGGCGGCCUCCGUGCAGAACAUCCGCGCCGUGUACCGGUUCGCCGAGACGGACGCGACGGUGGUGACGCUGCCGCUCUUCCACGUGCACGGCCUCAUGUGCGCGCUGCUGUCCUCGCUCGCCUCCGGCGCGUCGGUGGCGCUCCCCGCCGCCGGCCGCUUCUCGGCGUCCACGUUCUGGGCCGACAUGCUCGCGGCGGGCGCCACGUGGUACACGGCGGUGCCGACCAUCCACCAGAUCAUCCUGGACCGGCACGCGUCGCGGCCGGAGCCGCGGUACCCGGCGCUCCGGUUCGUGCGGAGCUGCAGCGCGUCGCUGGCGCCGGUGAUCCUGGAGCGGCUGGAGGCGGCGUUCGGGGCGCCGGUGCUGGAGGCGUACGCCAUGACGGAGGCCUCCCACAUGAUGACCUCCAACCCGCUGCCGCAGGACGGGGCGCGCAAGCCGGGGUCCGUGGGGCGGGCGGCGGGGUCGCUGGAGGUGGCGGUGCUGGACGAGGCCGGCAACCAUGUCCCCGCCGGGGAGCGCGGGGAGGUGUGCAUCCGCGGGCCGAACGUGACGGCCGGGUACAAGACCGCCGACCCCGGCGCGAACGAGGCGGCGUUCCUGCACGGGUGGUUCCACACGGGCGACAUCGGCGUGAUGGACGGCGAGGGGUACGUGAGCCUGGUGGGGCGGAUCAAGGAGCUCAUCAACCGGGGCGGCGAGAAGAUCUCGCCCAUCGAGGUGGACUCGGUGCUGCUGGGCCACCCGGACGUGGCGCAGGCGGUGUCGUUCGGCGUCCCCGACGAGAAGUACGGCGAGGAGAUCCACUGCGCGGUGAUCCCCAGGGAGAGCGUGGCGCUGGGCGAGGAGGAGGUGGUGGCCUUCUGCCGGAAGAACCUGGCGGCGUUCAAGGUGCCCAAGAAGGUGUACAUCGCCGCCGACCUGCCCAAGACGGCCACCGGCAAGAUCCAGCGCCGCAUCGUCGCGCAGCACUUCUUCGUCGUGCCCGCCGCCGCCGCCAAGGCCUAGAAGAGCUCGUCGGUCCGUCGAUCGAUCACGUCGCCGUCUUUUGUCCCUUUUUUUUACGUGCCAGACAGAACAGGGGAUUGAUAAUGAAAUUGCGCGCCACAUGACAUUGGAGAGCGGUAAAAGUUGUGGUUGAUUUGAUUGAUGAAGAUUACUACUACACUUUUCA